AUGGAACUGAAUGGUUUCGACCCGGUCAGCAGUGAAUGUGGUGGGAUUGAGAAGGACAGUGUGAAUCCUCCCACGCUGCUUUCUGUCCCGCACAUUCCUCAGACCCGGGCCGGCGAGGCGAGAGCGGAGGAGAGCGGCCGCUCCGCAGCUGCCGGCCCCAUUUCGGCGGCGGGGCGGGCGCUGGAUGAGCCGCCGGCGGGAGGCGGCCGGCAGCCGAGCGGGUCCGAUCGCGGCGCGAUGAGCGCGGGCGGCAGCGGCUCGGCGGGCACCGCCACCUCCGCGCUGUGCCUGCUCCUCUCGCUCACCGCCGUGGCCGUGUGCCUGCUGCUGGGCGCUAAGACCGCCGAGCUGCAGGGCCGCCUGGCCGCCCUGGAGGAGCGCGGCGCCGCCGGCCCCGGGCCGCUGCUGGACGCGCUGCAGCCCCGCGUGGAGCAGCUCCUGCGCGAGAAGCUGGGCGAAGGACUCGCGAAGCUGCGGACGGCGAGAGAGGCUCCGUCAGACUGCAUGUGCCCACCAGGCCCUCCGGGGAGGCGAGGGAAGCCUGGACGGCGUGGAGAGCCUGGACCUGCAGGUCCCCUUGGUUUGGAUGGCAAACCAGGGCCUCCAGGACCAAAAGGGGAAAAGGGUGAAGCAGGGGACAUCGGCCCGAGGGGUCUUAAAGGCGAGCCAGGGGACGACGGCUUUGUGGGUGCCAGGGGACCCCCGGGGCCAAAGGGCGAGCCUGGCAUGCAAGGAAAGAAGGGUGAUGAUGGCAUCCCAGGGGAACCAGGACUUUCGGGCUCUAAGGGAGAAAAAGGAAGCACAGGUCUGAAGGGAGAGAAUGGCACGGACGGCGCACCAGGACCCAAGGGUGAGCCUGGUGAGAAGGGAGGAGUCGGCUCCAUCGGACCCCGGGGUCCCCCUGGCCUGAAAGGGGAGCAGGGUGACACGGUGGUGAUCGACUACGAUGGCCGCAUCCUGGAUGCACUCAAGGGCUCACCAGGUCCCCCAGGGCCACCGGGCCCGCAGGGCGCUCCAGGCCCCAAGGGGGAGCUGGGCCUGCCAGGUCCACCUGGACUGGAUGGAGAAAAGGGUCCCAAAGGAGCUAAGGGUGACCAAGGCAGUGCAGGGAUCACAGGACCGAAAGGAGAGACGGGAGAAAUGGGCUUAUCAGGUCCACCGGGAGCAGAUGGGCCAAAAGGAGACAAAGGAGACACUGGAUCACCGUGUUUGCAGAACAACCACAUCAUCCCAGAGCCAGGACCGCCCGGAUUGCCCGGCCCCAUGGGUCCUCCAGGAAUCCAGGGGCCUAAAGGCUUGGAUGGUGCAAAGGGAGAAAAAGGUGACAGCGGUGAGAAGGGGGAGCACGGCGACGCGGGCCCAGCUGGUCUCCCUGGUGCUCCAGGGCUCAUUGGCUUACCUGGUACCAAAGGAGAAAAGGGAAAGCCAGGAGAGCCGGGAUUAGACGGUUUCCCAGGUCUCAGAGGAGAAAAGGGAGAGAAGAGUGAAAGAGGGGAGAAGGGCGAGCGAGGGAUACCAGGGAGAAAAGGAGCCAAAGGCCAGAAGGGAGAACCUGGCCCUCCCGGACUGGACCAACCCUGCCCUGUGGGACCAGACGGCCUGCCAGUAGCAGGAUGUUGGCACAAGUGAUCUCUAAGCAUGAAGCACAGUGUGUAAAUAAUGUGAUAUAUUUUGAUCUUUUUAAUUUUUGUAUAAAAAAAGGAAGAAAACAAC